GCAGUCAAGUUCCAAUGUGAUGAAUGAUUCAUGUAAUGUGUUUUUAUUUUUCCGCAAGGUCUACACUCUACUGUAUGAAUGUUGAACAUUAUUUGAAUUCAUAGAUUUGUCGCACAUUGAACGUCGGCUUUUUCCAGGAUAUAUUAAGAGGAGGGCAUAUAGUUCAGACAAGAUGAAAUGCACUGUGCCACAAAUAUCAUGGCACAAUAAGGAUCCUGUGCUGAGCCUGGAUGUCCAUUCUGUGCCAAUCACACCAGAGCACUACAGAAUCGCAUCUGGUGGAAAUGACUCGCAUGUGGUGAUGUGGGAGGUGACGUUGACUGAGGGGGACUCGACUGUGGAGGUGCUGGCCGACCUCACCCACCACCUAAAGCCAGUCAACGUGGUGCGGUUCGCACCCAUCAAGGACAUCCUGCUGGCCUCUGCUGAUGAUGACGGCCACAUUAUCCUGUGGCGGCGCCAGGACCACCCGAACAUAAUGCUGGAGAUGGAUGGCGCCGACUUCCGCGAGCACUACUGCAUACACAAGACGCUGCGGGGCCACCUGCAGGACGUGUACGACCUGUGCUGGUCGGCCGACGGCGCCCACCUCAUCUCCGGCGCCGUGGACAACACGGCCAUCCUCUGGGACGUCCAGAAAGGAGUGAAGAUGCAGAUUCUCUCAUGUCACGAGAGCUUCGUCCAAGGCGUGGCCUGGGAUCCGUUAAACAAAGUAGUAGCAACACUUAGCUGUGAUAGGCACUGUCGUAUUUUCAAUGUACAAACUGGGAAAUGCAUAUCCAAAGUUCAGAAGCUCAAGAUGCCACACACCAAAGAGGAUGGCACCGUCGAGGAAAAGGCGUGCCGGCUGUUCCACGACGACACGCUGCAGACGUUCUGCCGGCGGCUGUCGUUCACCCCCGACGGCACGCUGCUGCUGGCGCCCGCCGGGCUGCUAGAGACCGGGCCCGGCGCCAAACUCGAGAACGUCGUACACGUCUUCUCACGACACGACUUCUCCAGGCCGGUGUUCUGUCUACCGUCGACGGACAAGUACACAAUCGCCGUCCGCUGUUGCCCGACGCUGUACAAACUGCGCAUGCGCCACCCGCCGGAGCCGGGCAAACCGCUCUGGGAGCAGACACACACCCUGCUGAAGCUGCCCUACAGGAUGGUGAUGGCAGUGGCCACGCGGUGUUCGGUUCUGCUCUACGACACGCAGCAGGAGGCGCCGUUCGCCAGGAUCUCCAACAUCCACUUCACCCGGCUCACAGACCUCAGCUGGUCACGGGACGGUCGUCUGCUCAUGGUGUCCUCCACGGACGGGUUCUGUUCAGUCAUCACCUUCGACGACGGAGAGCUGGGUGAGCCCUACCUACCGAGUGACGAGCAGCGGGGGCAGGGAGACUGCAACGGUAACACCACGACUGACACUGCGGCACGGGAGUCAGUCCCGGCGGCACCCAUCCGGCAACAGGCGGAGACCCCGGCGCAGGCGCCCGUCCAGCCGCCAGCUAAGUCCCCGGUACAGCCACCGGCGCCGGCGCAGCAGCGGCCACAGGAGCAGAAGGCGUCCGCCGAGCCACCGCCGUCAUCAGAGCGGCCCCCACCGGCGACCGGAGACGCUCCCCGCACCCCGUCACGGCGGGUACCCCUGGUGACGCUGUCCAGCCCUCGGCGGCCGGCGGCGCGCACCCCCUCGGCGGCCGAGCCAGCCGCUGAGGAGGUGGAGGAGCCGGAGCCGGAGCCUCAGGAGCAGGAACCGAUGGAGGCCGAGGACGACGGUACGCAGCUGGUGCUGCACCUGGAGGAGACCACUAGGGAACUGGACGAGGGGCCCGGCUCACCGGCCGCCGUCGAACCACCGCCGCAGCCGUCUCCCCGCACCCCGCGGCGGGUACCACUGGUCACCCUGAGCAGUCCCAAACGCAGCCCCAAACCGCGCACACCGGCCAAGACGGACGGCUGACGGGCGCGCCGUCCCCCCUCCUCCCGUACUCCCUCCCCGAGCCAUCUCAGCUGUGCCAGAGGCGCGCCCAUUCCAUCCGCAGUAUAGUGCCUUCUCAGAGGGCCACAGACAAGUGUACAGCCGCAAUGUUGAAUACACGCUUUGUAGAUA